AUGGGAAACGAAGAGUUGGUGGCCUACGGUCUCGUGUUUCUCAUUGGCUACCUGAUGGCGACGCUGUUCCACGUGACGUUGUGGUGUUGCUGCUGCCGUGGAAGGGGCCGAAGACGUCAGGGAGACGUUCGGAAGGAGGACAUCGUUGUGCGGAGAGCCACCGAGACGGAUUACUGGAUUUCGGAACCGACGGCUGAAGCCAAGGAACCGAAAUACGGCAUCGUCACUCCAAGCCCGUACUAUGGAGUGUCGCGCCGUCUCUCCAACGUCUCCUACGCGUCCGUCCAGAAGAACCACAGCCGUCCAGUGCGGCCAGCGCCACCUGUACCCUCGGUUGGCAGGGAUUACGGUGUCCCGUCAACGAUCAGCAUCCCCGGGCAGGGCACAGAGAUGUCUGACUAUGGCUCUAGCGUCGACGGCAAAGAGUACGCGCCCACCACCAGCACGUUCAUGACCCACUCGACGACGGCCGAGACCGAUCUCGGCAGCCCGGAUACCAGCAGCUGCAAGAACUCGCUGUACGUUCGAUGGCCGGGAGUGCGGCUCAACUUCCGGGCCGUCGCUUCCGGGAAGCUAUCUCUAAAGGCAUGCCAAAGCGCUUGCUCGUUGGGAGAAGAUCCGGUGAUGGCAGGCAAAUCCCUCGAAUGCGCCGCCCUCAACCAUCAAACCUCUGUCGAUAACUUUAACCACCAUUGUGACGUAUUUCAGCCCCACCAACUCCAAAAUGUCGAUGGGUUCGUUGAGGCGGACGAUCGGUAUUCGUUCUACUGGCGGUAUUGUGUGGAUUCCCACAAGCAGUGCGGCAAUGACCACGCCUUCACCUUCAUGUCUGAUCGAUACAUGGAAGCGACAGAGGUAAUCGAAGUGCGACACACAAGCAGCCUGGAGGACUGUCUGGCCGAGUGUUUGAACGAGGAAAAGUUCCCGUGCCGCUCGCUGUCAUUCAACCGAACCGACGGUGGUUGCCACAUGUCGGCCAACAACCAGUUGACCAAGCCGAAAGCCAUCCGCCUAAACAACAACCCCAACUACCGUAUCGAUUACUACGAGAACAACUGCUACAAUUUAACGGACAGCUACAAGUUUGAGUACAAAUGCCAAGACGACGGCGUUCUCGUGACGAUCGACAGCAAGUUCCCGUACACCGGGGCUCUAUAUGGACUCUACGACUUCUUUACUUGCCGAAUCGAGCCGAAGGAACAGACCCGGUUCGAGUACUUCUUCCCCUCGCCCACCAAGAGCAAGCGGUGCAGCGAUAGUAUACGGUAUAAGGGCAACGACAUGGUGCUGGACGUGACCUACCACCACUACAACCACGACCUCGACGAGUACAACUACUACCACGACAGCCAGGCCAACCAGUCGAGCAUCUACUGCCACAACGACGACUUCGACAAGUACGACAACGAUCACUACCAAAAAGCUGAGCAACAACUUCUGGCCCUCGCCGGCGACCACGUAGUGAAGCGUCGACUGGUCGUCGUCAAUUCGGAGGAUCAGCUACGAUACUACGUCCGGACCGGGCAGAUGCCA